AUGGCUGAAGCAGACCACGCCGCCAGGACCGACGAGGCCAAUACCGGUCGCGCGGAGGACGAGGAUGAGCAGAUUCAGCAGCAGUACUAUGAAGAGGAGCCGCAAAGCGACAACCCUAAAUUCUGGCUAGAAUUCCGGACUUUUGAUGAUGGGAUGAACACAUCAACAUCUCCUUCCUCCCCGGACGACGCAGCAGAAUUCCCGCAGUUCUGUCGUCUGCCGCCGGAGCUACGCCUAAAGGUAUGGGAGUACCUGGUGCAGCCGCGCGUGGUGGUAGCAUGCUGCCUGCACAGGGGGGAAGACGACGACCCGAAUGCGGGGGAGAGUCUGGCGUCUCGACGGAGGGAGCUAGACGGCCGGACGACUGGGGGCAACGCGGUCCCCUCCCUGCUGCACGUCAACCGUGAAUCGCGGGCCGUGGGCCGACGACACUACGAGCUUACCUUCGCGUGGCGCGUGUCCAAGCUACUCUCCGACACCCCAACGUCGCGACCGCCGCGGGUAUAUUUCAACUUCCAGCUGGACACGCUGCUGCUCACAGGCGAGCUGGAGCCCUACGACUCGUAUGGCAUCAAUUCGACCAUGGUGUACUUUCUGCGGCGCGAGGACACGUUCCGCGUGCGCCACGUCGCCUGCGCAUUCCGCGAGCUAGGAUAUCCGGACCAGGAGAGCGACCAGGUGUUUGGCUGCCUUUGGCACGUCGUGGACCGGUUCCCCGCGGCAGAUACGCUGCUCGUCACGCUGGUGGCGGGUGACGAGGACAAGAUCGGGCACCAGGAGGCCGCGAGGGUGUUGGACAGAAAUAACGUCGUGCAGAAAAUCUGGAGCAGCUGGAUGAGUGGAACGGCCGUCACGGGCUCCCGCAUGGCGGAUAAGCACAUGCUUCUCGUCCAGGAGGAGAAGCUCCUGGACUACGUCGUUUCAAGACAGGAGCCGUAG